GUCUUUGUGUAUGCCAAUCAGGAAGGUGAAGUGUCAGCUGUGUUUCAAAAUAAUAACAAUAAACUCUGAAAAUACAAAGAAAUACGGAUUUUUGUGACUAUAUUUUACAUUAGUGCUAUCAUAACAUACUUUACUCAAUAUUCUAUACUGCAGCUAUAGUAUAAAUAUUGAGAAGUAUUCAAACAUUACGAAGUUGAUCUAAGAUUAUCAUAAGUAAAGUGUUUAUUGCGUACAUUUUUGAAAAAUGGACGAACGAAUCAAGCAAAGGUCAACAAUCACGUAAAUAAAAAAACCAUCGAGAAAAAAAACACGAAAUCGAUCUCCAUUAAAUAUAAAUGAAUGAAGAAUAUAAACGUAUUUAAAUUAAUUUUAUAAAAUAAAUAGACAAUAUGCCGGCCAUAUUGACAAAGAUACGAGAGCAGGCGUCCAGAGUUCAGCCGAGUAUUGCGGUAGGUGUAGGCGUGGGUGUGGCACUAGCCGCUUGUGCUGUCUACGCCAGAGAAAAGAAACAACCCCCACCCUGUCACAACAAUAAUAAUUAUAAGGUGGCAAAGAAUGGCACACUACAUUCGGUACAGAAUGGGGGUGGGGAGGGACAGACGUGUGGGCGCUGCGGGGAGGAGCAGUGCGCUCUCUGUCGGGGAGACGCCGACACUGACAAUAAACAGAACAUUGCGGAAGCAGACGAAGCCCCGACUCCUGAGGAGCAUGUUCCGGGCCUGAACCUGGAAUUCCUGCGGCAGUUGCUGUCGCUAGUGAGGAUCAUGGUGCCCGGCCUGCGCAGCCAGGAGGUGGCGCUACUGGCAGCUCACACGCUCUGUCUCUUCUCCAGGACUUUCCUCUCGAUAUACGUCGCCUCACUGGAAGGUUCUAUUGUAAAGCACAUAGUACAAAAAGACCUGCGUCACUUCACCUCGCUGCUGGUGCAGUGGUUCGGUAUCGCUGUACCCGCGACCUUCGUCAAUUCAAUGAUCCGCUACUUGGAGGGUCGUCUCGCGCUCGCGUUCCGGACGCGUCUCGUCAACCACGCGUACGAGUUGUACUUCAAGAACCAGACCUACUAUAGAGUUGCUAAUCUUGAUGCCAGGAUAGAGAACGCUGAUCACAGGCUGACUGAGGACGUGUCGGUGUUCACGCAGUCUGUGGCUCACUUGUACAGUUCGCUGACGAAGCCCUGCUUCGACCUGCUGCUCAUUGUGCUCACUCUCGCCACAUACUCCAACAAGAUGAAAGGCAACAUCUUUAUAGGUCCUGGUAUGGCGACGGUGGUGAUCUGUCUGACAGGUCAGCUGCUGCGGCUGCUGAGUCCCAGGUUCGGUGCUCUGGCGGGAGAGGAGGCCCGCAUGAGAGCAAAUCUCCGGCACGCACACAGCCGCCUCAUCACACACGCUGAGGAGGUCGCCUUCUACGGAGGACACAAGGUGGAGCUGGGCCAGCUGCAGAGCGCGUACAAGCAGCUGGUGGUGCAGAUGACGACGGUGUUCAACAAGAAGCUGUGGUACGUGAUGCUGGAGCAGUUCUGUAUGAAGUACGUGUGGUCUGGUACUGGCAUGGUCAUGUUGGCACUGCCCAUACUCACCGGCAGGCGGAGUGACGAGAGCAAUGACGAGGGUAUCAGCGCGCGCACAGAGUACAUGACCACGUCGCGCAACCUGCUCAACUCUGCCGCAGACGCCAUCGAGAGACUCAUGUCCAGUUACAAGGAGGUGGUGACGCUGGCAGGGUACGCGACGCGUGUGUCGGACAUGUUGGUGGUGUUCGGGGAGGUGGCGCGGGGGCGCUGCGUGCGCGCUGUACACGCCACCCCCACACACCCCGGCUUCCAGGUCACCUUCCGCGAGAGACAACCAGUUCCACUAGGUAAAAUAACGUACACAGACGACCUGUCAAUCAGACUGAACAAUGUGCCAAUUGUGACUCCUACCUGUGACGUGGUGGCCAGCGGAGUGACGCUGCAGCUGUCUCCUGGCACACAUCUGCUCAUCGUCGGCCCCAACGGCUGCGGCAAGUCCAGUUUGUUCCGGAUAAUAUCUGGUCUAUGGCCUGUGUUCGGCGGGGAGCUGGCGGUGCCGCGGCCCUGCGCGUGCGCACACUGCGCCGGGGAGCCCGCAGCCCCCCCCCACUGCGCAUCUCGCCCCGUCAUGUUCUACAUACCACAGAGGCCGUACAUGUCUGUGGGGUCACUACUGGACCAGGUGACGUAUCCAUCUCGUGCGGGUCCGGAGGAUGAGGAAGCGGAGAGACGUGCGACUCACAUCCUGCGUGUGGUGCGACUGGACGCGUGCGCCGCGCGACUGGGCGGACUUCGCGCAUCCGCUGACUGGCGCGCCACACUCUCUGGGGGGGAGAAACAGCGGCUAGCCAUGGCUAGGAUGUUCUACCACAGGCCGGUGUACGCGCUGCUGGACGAGUGCACGAGCGCGGUGUCGCUGGAGACUGAGCUGGUGAUGUACGCGGAGGCGGUGCGCUGCGGCAUCACUCUGCUCUCCAUCACACACCGCCCCAGUGUCUGGAAAUACCACACUCAUGUUUUAGAAUUUGACGGCGCUGGAAACUGGUCUUUUAGAACUUUGGAUAAAGACGCACCAGUUCCUUCCCCUGGACCUCCUUCCAUUACAUCCGAACCUACCUCCAGCCCCCUUGACAGUGGAGGGGAGUAAUGACACUAAAAGGGGAUAAUUAACUUAAUACAUAUUGUUGUCUUGAAAGAGAUAGUUAAUAUCAAGUAAUAAGUGUCACAAUUUCUCGCUAAAUAUGUGAUUUUAUAUGAAAAAUAGAUUUUUUUUGUGUCUAAAUUUGUCUAAGACAUGAUCUAGGAAAUUUUAGUU